AUGAAGGUGCUGUACAUCAAUGGCUGUGACUGCGCCGAAAUGCUCGUGGGAGAAGCCAUGCUCAUGAUUCAAUCCACCAUUGGAGAAGUCACCAUUGUCGCCGCACAUGCCAAUGUACUCUUUACGCCAUCAAUUAGUGCAAACGGCACUACUAGUAGUACGGCUAUGACCACCACAGCUCCGAACUCGAACUCGACAGUGUCACCCUAUGCUCUACCAUCCGCCGCACAAAGCACUACUUCUUCCACUGUCGCUCUUGUGGCAGGAAACAACAAUUCCAAACCAGCAACAGCAACAGCAGCAGCAGCAGCAGCAAUAACUCCCACUCCUGUCAAUAGUAGUACAGACACUGACACUGACAACAAUACAAACACUGACAACAACACAAACAACGCAACCAAAAAAGAAACAGCACCACAAGUGAUUACGGUCAAAGCUGUGGUUCACAAACCAUCCAAACGAAGUUCGGUCGGUCUGGUCAUUAUUGAUGAACCAACUCAAGAGGGCACCACCCAAACUGUCCCCACCAUUGCUCAUAUUGAUCCACAGGGAUUGUGUGCCACGACAUCACUCCAAGUCGGGAUGCGCAUUCGAAGUGUCAAUGGAUUGCAAUGUUACAACAAACAAGAUACCAUGACCAAACUCAAACGAGCCAAGGCGACCGUCUAUGUAGAAGCGCAAAUGACACGACAGCACGAACACAAUGACAAUGAAAAUGAAAACGAAAACGACGAUGCCAACGUAUUUGUCCCCGAGGAACGACGACGAUUCGUCGCACGAUCCCUCACACCCAAACAUUGGUGGUCGCGCUACAAACGAAAAAACAACAACACGACGACAAGUCAAGAAGGAGGAGAAACUACUAGUACUCUCAAGCCAACCAACAGUGGGGAAAUGACAUAA